CGGGCAGAGGGAAACUCCCUGCCCUGCCUCAAACAGAGACACUGCAGCUCAAAGAGGAGCUUUUUCGGAAAGGCAAGGCACUCAUGAGCAAGACACAGAGAAUUUGGCAUUUCGAGAAGGAAAGAAAUAAAUGUUGGACCAAUCAAAAGCUAUAAUUGUCUACUUGGAAGCUUGGCCUUGGGGCAGUUGCUUUGUGGGAGACACAAAACUGGUCCUACACUAGAAAUCUGAGGAACUCAGAAGCGGCUGGUUCUAAGUUGUGCCACGUGCUUGGAAGAAAAAUGGCCGGACUGAAGUUGUAUGUGAUAUUCCCAAUUCUUUCACUUCUUGGAAGCACCGCUGCCUGCCGGAGCGGUACCAAAGCAGAGUGUGAGAAGGUGCCGUUUGUGCCCGGUUACAACCUUGCCGGAGAGGGCUUCGAUGUGGUUAAAAUGCGUCGCAAAGGCGCCUAUCUGAUCAACGUUAAAACGCACUUGACUGACAAUGGCACCUGCACGCUGUGUGAGAACCGAUUCCAGGGUGGGCAGGUGCAGAAGCUACCCGCCAUGGUCCUGGACUGGCGACCCUUCAGCCGGUGCAGCAAGCAGCUGUCCAGCGCGCUCCAUCACACGGUCGACUCUCUCGUCAAGAGCUCCACCGCGCUCAUCAACAACAACUGGGGCAUUGACCUGAACCUAGACACAUAUGGCAAGGUGCUUCUGGGAGGGAGCCGUUCAGACAUCGCGAAGUUCGCAAGAACUCAGCACAACGUGGACAAAGCUACCUUUGCGCUACAUGAAAUCUCAUGCACAUACUACAGUUACAGGGUGACUGAUCACCCAGAGCUCAGCAGUGAGUUCAGCAAGCACCUUAAGCGGCUGCCGAAGACGUACGACGACCAGACCAAAGCCGUGUACCGCAGGACCAUCGACACGUACGGCACCCACUACAUCCGCCACGUGCACCUGGGGGGCCGCGUGCGAAGGGUCACGGCCUUCCGGACGUGCCUGGCGACGCUGAAGGGCUUCUCCGAGACCGAGAUCAAGAACUGCCUGAACGUGGAGCUCAAGCUGGCGCUCGGCUUCCUCCCCGCCAACGCCUCGCUCUCCAACAAGUGCGUGGACAUCCUGAAGGACAACAUGAGCAUGGGCUUCUACCAGGGCUUCAUGACCCACAAGAUCGAGGUGCUGGGCGGGGAGAAGUACUUCCCGGACGUCCUGUUCCAGGAGAGCCCCGGCCAGGCCUACAGCAGCUGGAUGAGCAGUUUGCAGGAGAACCCGGACGUGGUCUCCUACGCCAUCUACCCCUUGCACCACCUGAUCGAAGACGCCAACAUCAGGGGCAAUCUCAAGAGUGCCGUUUCGGAGUACAUAGAGGAGAACAUGGCUCCCGCGGACCAGAAGAAUAAUGGCCAGUGCUCCCCCUCCGAAAAUCUGGACCACAACUGCUGCCCCUUGAGGGCCGCCAGGGGCAAACUCCUGGUGGAGAUCCAGAGAGCGGCUGGGCUAAAGGCCGACACGUUCACCAAGACGGACGCUUUCGUCAAGAUCUGGUACAACGACAAGUAUCGCGAGACCGAUGUCGUGAUGGAUAAUAACAACCCGUCCUGGAACGUCACCUACAACUUCGGCUCCAUCGAGGUGGGCCACCAGCUGAUUGUGGAGGUGUGGGACAGCGAUGUGCUGUACAAUGACAUGCCCGGGCGCUGUGUCCUGAUUCCCGAACGAGGGGUACACACGACGGGCUGCAAGCUGAACAAAGGGGUGCUAUACUUCUCUUAUGCCGUCCUCUGCGAUGCUCACCUGACAGGUUACAGGUGUGAGAGGUAUUCUCCCAAAUAACCUCUCAGCCAACUGUCAGUGACUUUAUGAAGUCUUAGUAACUGCUGUAACUGUGACUAGGCCACAGUGUAGAACAAUUUCUCAUUUUGUUUUUCAUAGUAUUUUAAAAUGGUACGUU